GCCUCAGCUUCAGCUCAACUGUACCAUCAGCAAAGUUUAAUUUAAUUUCAAUUCGUAAAGUUAUUGUAAAAUAAAAUCAUCUGCAAUAAUGUCGACCGUGCCGAAGCGACCGAAGCUCGAUGGAGAGGCAAAUGCUGCAGAAGAGGAGCCGGAAAAUGCCGAAACUCUUGAACAAAUUGACGCCUGCCAAAAUGAAAUAGAUGCAUUGAAUGAAAAGGCAAGCGAAGAGAUCUUAAAGGUUGAGCAAAAAUACAAUAAACUGCGGAAACCUUGCUAUGAAAAGAGGAGUGAGCUGGUCAAACGGAUUCCUAAUUUCUGGGUGACAGCGUUUAUAAACCAUCCACAAGUUUCGGGCAUACUGGACGAAGAAGAAGAAGAAUGUCUGCACGCCUUAAACAAACUGGAAGUGGAAGAAUUCGAAGACAUAAAGUCGGGGUAUCGCAUUAAUUUCCACUUCGACGAGAAUCCUUACUUUGAAAACAAGGUCCUCACCAAAGAGUUCCAUUUGAAUUCAGCGGCUGCCUCUGAAAAUAGCGAUUGGCCAGCGUCAACCAGUACGCCAAUACAGUGGAAGGAGGGAAAAAAUCUACUCAAACAAUUGCUGACAAAACCCUAUGGCAACAAGAAGAAACGUAAUUCGGAGUACAAAACUUUCUUUGAUUGGUUCUCUGACAACACAGAUCCAGUGAACGACGAGAUUGCUGAACUGAUAAAAGACGAUUUAUGGCCCAAUCCCCUCCAGUAUUAUCUGGUACCCGAUAUUGAAGUUGAGCCGGAGGAAGAAGAUGAGAACGAAGAGGAAGCAUUCGAUGACGAUGAUGAUGGUGAAGAUGGUGAAGAAGAUGAGGAGGACGACGACGAUAAGUAGUUGCUAAAAACAUAAUUAUCCGUAAUUCUACUUCAACUGUAAACCCAAAAUGGUGUACAACGAACAUACUUAUAAUCAUAAUUUUCUAUGUGGAUAAACACUAAAGAUCCAUGCAAAAUAGGCAACACUUGAAUAGCAUCGUCUUAGAUUGUUUUAAGUUUCGUUUUAAGUAAAAUCGUAAAAAAAAACCUUAAAAGUCAAAAGUUUUUAAGCUAUCAAUAAAAACCAAUGAACACAA